UUGGCUGAGAUAAGCGUUUGAGUGGUUUUAAGGCAAUUUUGAGAGGAGAAAGGGAACAAAAUGAAGAGCAGGGAGGCUUUAGAAGGGUUUUAGGGAUUUUAAGGAGCUUUUGGGUCAAGUGUUUUUAGAGAGUUAUAGGAAUGAUAUCGCAUAAAAGGAGCACUUCAACAACAAAGAUCUGACUAAAUGGAAAGAAGAACUUGGGAAAAUACCUCAUUGAUUUGAGACAAAGAGACCCGAAAAAGAAACAGAAUAGUAGACAGCGAGUCAACUCUAUGCUCAAGAGGUUCAGUCAGGGCAGGAAGGAUAUGAAUCAGCUCACCCUUGUCAAGAGAGAAGGCUCAAGUCCUUUCAGGACCAGAGAAAAAGGAACUCAACGCAAAGCAUUAAGAAUAAAAUACCUCGACUCCAGAGGUAAACGGUUUUACAGUACUGCAGACGGAGAACUCCUUUACAAAAUGGUCAAUGGUCUUUUGGAUUCAGAUAAACCUCAAAAUAAGCAAUUACUUAAAUUAGCAUCCAAGAAAAUACUAAAAAGAUCGACUAAGGGGCUAGCUCCACUGACGUCCAAAGAGAUGAGUCCUUCAAAGAGUGAGUCUUUGAUUCCUCCGUUACCUAAGAAGAUCACCAAAAUUCUUUUGCUGAAACAAAAAGUGUUGAAGUUAUCUCUUGAGAGACAAUACAUUAAGCACUCAGGAAGGGGACGAUCCGAAUCAAUAGACGCUACAGUCGACCACAAGGAGAGAAGUGACAUUGACAUGGACAUAUUUGGGGUAAACCUCCAGUGUGAGAGCUCCACUGCUAAAGAUAUGCACAGUAAUUAUUCCCCCAAGGAUAUGAAGAAUUCAGUUGCCCUCGGGUUUGUUAAGAAAAAGUCUUCGUUUCUACAAGAUAAGGACAAAAUAAAGACGAUGAACGAUCAGUCAUCAGCUGUACGGCUCGAGAAUGAUGAAACACUUCAUCAUUUCAAAGAUGUCAUUGAUAAUGAGCAAAGUAUCAAGAAGUACAUGAAUGAUACCUCACACAACCCUUCUUAUAUUAGUCACGAAUCAGACCCUGAUGAGAAUGUAGAGAAGCAGAGCAAUACAGAUAUCCCCCUACGCUAUGUCACCAAGAUGCCAACUAAUGUCAAGAACAUGAUUUUUGAUCAUAAAGACCUUGAACGUAAGAAUGCCAUCAACUCUCUCCUCAUUGAGUUUAAAGCUCAUUUGAAGGAAGUUGAUCCAGAUUUGGAAGAAGUCUUGACCAAUUUAUGGGAAACUUAUUACCAAGAGAUCAUUGAAGAGCAAACUGACCUCCUCCGUUACAAAUAAUAUACAAAUAGAUGAACUAUCAAAAGAAAAUAAUGAUCUACGUUCACUCUUGGAAGGCCAGAUCGCCAAGUACAAUUUCCUUACCGAGAAAAUGGCCAAAAAUAUCGAUUACACCAAGAAGCUCAAUAAGGCUCUUGAAUAUUCCAAAAAGCUAUAUAACAAACAACUUGAGUCAAACAGCUGCAGUUCCGAACCCAAAUGUGUUCAUGUAGAUGAGAUUAAGAAAUUACGACAUGAGAUUCAAUACAAAUUACCCUAUUUCUACGAGACACAGUUAAGCAAGUGCAAAAAGGAGAUACACAAGUUGCAAGAGACUGUUAAUGAGCUCUCAGAGAGGCUGGCCCAGCAGUGCUUGACAACACUAGACUCGCAUCUUGCAAAAAGUAUUCACAUCCAGACAGAAGAGGCAGAAAAGCCACUUGGAACCCUUAUCGCAGAAGAGAGGCAUAAGGCUAAGAAAACAGAUAUUGAUGUGGAGAAUAAUGAGGAUCACUUCAUGAAAAGGUUUAACAGCAAAAAUGUUUAUAAUAGCGGCCCUGAAGCACAUAAAGAGGUCGUGAGGCUGAUAAAGAAGUACUCAAAGAGUGCGAAGAAGGUGAAAUGCAUCCUAACUGUCAAGCAGGUACUUGAAAUAGCAGGGAACAUCUAUAAAAGAAAUAUCCAGAAUGAAGCUAAAGAUACAGAGCUGAUGUUUAUUUUGUAUGACGAACUCAUUGCAAAACAUAAGAAUAAAUAAAAUAGCUUUGAGGUAUUACGAACAAUUUCUCAUUGGUCUCAACAAUUACUCGUCCCUAGACAUCAGGGUGAGUAUCUUAAAGAGGUUCCUGAUCUGUAACAAUAAUGUGCUAUCUCAUGAGAUAGUACAAGGAUUUUAUGUGCUCAUCAAGUAUCUUAUCCAGCCAACAGAGAUACUAAAGUCUGAGAAGCAAAUUGAUGGGUCCCUCAAAAAGGAAAUGCUAUCAAAGCCCAAUAGAACUCUCAUGCCUAGUCUCUUAUUCACAGCUGAUCUCAAGAAAUGCUUUGUAGACACUGAAUAUCUCAAAUAGAUUAGCUGUCUCUAGAAUUUUCCAAAUCUGACCGAAGAAGUUCAUCAGUAAGCUAAACCAAGAGUUAGAUAAAAACUGCAAGAUCUUCCUGAAUGGGCGCUUGACAUACAUUCCGAGCUCGAAGUUCAGCUACUAUGCCUUGCUUAGGGAGAUAAAAGAGAUCAUAAUUGUCAAUGGGAAUACUUCAGUUGGAAAUGCAUUCAAGAUGUUCUUCUCUCGUGAAGACCAAAUCACCCAGGAACAGCUCCAUGACUUUAUUAAAUAACGAAAUCAUGGCUGAUGUUGGCAUUGUUGAGAAAUACGGUAGAAGCUUCUCAACUUUCUUCAAAAUGUUCUUUGAUAAAAAUAGCACUGGCUCAGUGAUGAUGGGUGGGAUCCUGAAUGCUUUCCAUGACAAUGUUGAACUAAAGAUCUCCAUUGAUCAUGUAUUCAAGAUUAUCCUGAACUACAUCAUCGAUCUAGAGAACUUCUUCAAUUUUGAGCUGACAAGGGUGUACAAAAACAAUCAAAUCUCAAAAGGAGGGUUUCUGAUUUACAAGAAGAACCCUGACGAGCCAGUUAAUCCUUACCUUCAAUGGACUAAUCUGAGCUUAUUGAGCGAUAUUUUCACUGAUCUGUGCCCUGACAAGUCUUAUGUGCAGAAAGCCCUUGAAUUCGCAAAGGAAGCAUAUUCAGACACCAUGGUGGAUUACUAUGGCAUGAAAUUUAUUUCCAAGAAGUACAAACUUUUUGAGCCAAACAUUAAUGAGAUCUACAAGAAAUAUUACAUCAAAGAUGACUGGGAAUACAGCAGUGAGAGCAGUAUUGAGGAUGAUUUUUCAAUGAAAGAAGACUUCGCGUCUCAACAAACCUUUAGCAGUGCUGAUCCAAAAUCUCCUGUCAUGGUGAAGCUCAAACCUAUUGGUUUAAGAUCCAAAUUUAAGCGGUCCUUCAGCCAAGGUAGUGAGAUAGCCAAGGAUCAGUAA